CGGCCCCAGCCGAGUCCGAGAGGCCGCUGGGGCCGUCGGUGAGGCGUCGGGGGCGGAAGACCCGGAAGGGCCUGUCCUAGGGUGUUUUCAUCCGCUGUGCGCUCCUCUUCAAGGGCCCCCAUUAAACUUUUAUGAAUUGCUUGACAGACGGGAAAGAGAUUGCACCAUUCGAGUCACAUUUAUCCGGAGAUUCAGGCGUGUUCUGGGAAACGUGAUCUGUUAGCCAUCACCAAUGCAGAUCAAGAUUCAUAACUAAAGCAACGUUCCAGCACAUUUCACUGUCAGCCUUACAGGAUGGAAGCCAUUGAUUUGUCCCACAGAGGUCACCUUCCUAGGGACCCAGUCUGCCUUCAGGAAGAAAAAAUGCAAGCACAAAGGAUGGUGACUGGCCCUGAGAUAGAUUAUCAGGGCUCAGUGACCUUUGAGGAUGUGGCUGUGGACUUCACCCAGGAGGAGUGGAUCUUACUGGACACAACUCAGAGAGAUCUAUACAGAGAAGUGAUGCUGGAGAACUACAAGAACCUGGCCUCCGUAGGGAAUCACCUGGUCAAACCCAGUCUGAUCUCUUGGCUGGAAGAAGAAGAAAAGUUGAGUACUGUGCAGAGAGAAGUUUUUCAAGAAUGGCAUCUUAAAACCAUUGGGUCAUCACUUCAACAGGACAUUUUUUGGUUAAAAACAUUAAAUGGAAUACAAACGGCAGGAAACCACACUGGAGGGGAACUCUGUAACUGUGAGCAAUGUGGAGACAUCUUCAGUGAACUCUCCUGCCUUAGGGCACACACAAGCACUCAGAAUACAGAGAGCACUUAUGAGUGUAAUCAGUAUGGAGAAAACUUUUUUACUCUGCGCAAGAAACCAUCUCCUGAAGAGAAACUGUGUGUAUUGAAUGAGUGUGAAAAACCCUUUAGCCUAACUCCAAAAACGGUUUACCAGAGAACGUACAUGCAAGACACACCCUUUGAGUGCGGUGACUAUGGGAAAGACUGCCUUAAUCAGUCAUCAUUUCAAGCACACAUGAGAAGUCAUAGUGGAGAAAGACUCCCUGAGUGGAAGGAAUGUGAGACAGCUUUUGAUCACUCCACAAGCUGGGCUGUACCUGUUCAGAUGUACACCCUAGAAAAACCCUAUGAAAAUAAGGAAUGUGGAAAAGUCUUUAAAUACUCGACUUACGGAAAUAUUCAUAUGCAAACUCACAGUGGGGAAAAACCCUAUGAAUGUAAGGAAUGUGGGAAAUGCUUUACCGCUUCAUCAAGCCUAACUGAACAUAAAAGAAUUCAUACUGGAGAGAAACCUUAUGAAUGUAAACACUGUGGAAAAGCCUUCACUGGGCGCUCAGGUCUUGCUAAACAUGUACGAAUACACACUGGAGAAAAGCCCUAUGUAUGUAAGGAAUGUGGGAAAGCCUACAGUUGGCUUUAUCUACUAAGUGAACAUUUAACAAUACAUACAGGAGAGAAGCCCUUCGAAUGUAAGGUAUGUGGAAAGUCCUUUAGAAAGUCUUCAUGCCUUAAUGAUCACUUUCGGAUUCACACUGGAAUAAAACCUUAUAAAUGUACAGACUGUGGGAAAGCCUUUUCUGUUUCCUCACGCCUACGUAAUCACGUCAGAACUCACACUGGAGAGAAACCCUAUGAAUGUAAGGAGUGUGGGAAAGCCUUCAGUACAUCCUCAGGUCUUAUCCAGCAUAUACGAACUCACACCGGAGAGAAACCCUUUAUAUGUACAGAGUGUGGGAAAGACUUCCGCGCUUCCUCGCGCCUUAUUGAACACAUAAGCACUCACACUGGAGAGAAACCAUAUAUAUGUAAGGAAUGUGGGAAAGCCUUCCGUGCUUCCUCACACCUACAUCAUCACAUGCGAAUCCACACUGGAGAGAAACCCUUUCAAUGUAAAGAAUGUGGGAAAGCCUUCAACCAUGCUCGUUCACUUCAAAGACAUGAAAGAAUUCACAUUGUGACAAUGUCCCAUGAAUUUAAAGAAUGUGGGAGAGUCAUUUCAAUUUGAUCACAAUCCAGUAAGAACUACCACGGAGUCAUACAAUGUAAGAAACCUAGAAAGCCUUUAUUAGUUUCUUGGGUCUUAAUAAAUAUGAGGAUCUUGCAAUAGAGAAGAACUCUAUCAAUGUAGCACAUUUUAUAGAAUUCUGCUAAAUAUGUCAGUGUUCACUUGUGUUCUCACAGUGAAAAAAAAAAAAUGAAGGUGAGGAAUGUUGGAAAGUCCUAAGUUCUACAGUACAUUUCACAAUUUUUAAUAAACAUAAAAUGG